GAGCAUGAACAGCGAGUUCAGGAUCUUCGCUCCAAGCAUGACGAUGAAAGGACGCUCCUCAGGAGCAAGACGGAUCAAAUCCGCGACGAGCACUCUCGAAUGGCCGAGGAGAUGAGACAGCAGCUCGACACCGAGCGGCAAGCCCAUACGAAGACCAAAGACGAUGACAAGGGUCGCCUUCUCGAGCACAGCCGCACUGCGGGCGUGCUCGAGGGGAAGAUCAUUGCCAACACCGAGGAGAACAAGGGCCUGCGCCAGCGACUUCAAGCCCUGGAGGAGAAGGCGCACGAGACAGAGUUGGCGAUCCGACAGUACAUGGAGGAGGAGAAGACUCUCCGUGGCCGGAUCCAUCAGGCACAGCUUGAAGCUGCAAAGGUCCGCGAGGAGACGGAUCGAAAGGUGCAGGAUGUGACGGAGGAGUUUGCCGCACAGGAAAAGGAGAUACAGGAGCGAGAGGAAGCGCUGGAAGCCGGCAGCGACCACAUCAACAAUCUCCGCUCAAAGUCUCAUGGCUACAUAGUUAGCAUCAUCCUUUUCACUGCCAGCUCCUUCGAUCAACUGAAGUGA